AUGCCAGCGGAUCAAUUUGGAAAUGCGCAACGGAUCAAUCAGUUGGAAAGCGAUCUCCAGGAACUCAAGCGACAGCGCGAUGCGCUGGAGCAGGAGUCGCACGAGGCACGAGAAGAGGUGGACUUUGAAAACCGUUUAGAAUUUGCGGGGUCGGUGAAGGGGCCAGCCGUCGAAGUUUUACGCAUAAGCGGCGAACAGGAAGCAAAUAAGGAGGAAAUUGAAAAGCACGAAACGGAAAUAAAGGUACGUCUACUUGAUCUUGAAAAGAUGAGGAAAAAAACAACACCUGCAGAAAGAUCUCUGCAGGAGUUGCCACGAUAUUUUUCGCGAAAAGACCCCAGUGCGAAGGAUCUCGAAGAGGCGUUUGAUGACAAGUGGGAAACGAUGCGCAGACAGGGACAGAUUACGAGCGUGGGAACGCUCCUAAACGCUGGCGACCAAACUUUUUCCGAAGAAGGAAAAGGAGAGAGUUCUGCCUCGACUAUACCUGGCACAAACGCGCCGAGCGACUCCUCCCCUUCGUCGCGAUCCAGCUUCGGGGCAUUCAGUACCCUGCAGGAGCUCGACAUUUCUAAAACCGGCGGAACAGAAAAAGACGAGCAACAGCCAAUCCAGCCCACAGCCUCCUCGACGUUGAGCAGCGACCCAAAAAACAGCAAAAUGUUGCACGAGGAACCCCCGAAACCGGCCAAAAUAGGAAGAGACGAACUGGGGCGGGAAAAAAGUUUAUCGCGAACCUCUCCUGCUGACGCGGCGGACGCGGAUCACAAGGUUUCAGCUAUGUCUGUGUGGAUUGUAAUGCACAUAAUUGUAAUUCAUGAUCAUGAAUCAUUACCCUGUGCAAAAGUAUCGUACUCGUAUAAAUGCAUGACAAAUUUCCUCAGCAUGAGACAUAAAAUUUGUCACUCGGAUUCACCUUAAGGAAAAAAAUUGCAAUGCAUGAUUGCAAUUACUACGAGUCCGAUUCCGACACUUUUGCAGUUCAUAAUCAUGAUUGUCUUGCACAUGCACGUCGAUCCUUCUUUUACCAUACUCCGAUGAAAUGGAAUAUUAUCAUAAAGUAAGACAACGAACACAACUACAGGUACAGGAGCACCAGCACUCCCCGCUUGCGGAUGCGGUGGGCGGCGAGAUGUUGAAUCGGGCACCAGGGGCAGGGCAGUCUUCUUCUCCUGCCUCGUCCGCCAUCGAGACCAAAGUGGUUUCCUCGACAACAGCAGCAAAAACCACGGACCUUCCGGAUCACAAGGAGGGUCAUGACGAGAAUCAAGACUCGAAGCCGGAGGAUUUGACGAGGAGGAGGUUGAUGAGUGGCAAUUCCAAGACCGCCCCGCAUGCUGAAUACGAAAGCCACAAGUUGGAGCCUACCACCAGUGGAGGAACAGCAACAGCUACAAAGGGACAAAUAGCAACAACAGCAACCAAGAGCAAGAGCAGCGAUAAAAUGUUGCGAGCAGGAGUUGCUUCUAGUACGGACACCAGUAUUAAGAAGGUUGACGAGCAGCUGCACGACAACCCGACCCAACAGUCUUUUUCACCAGCUGCAGCUGGUCCGAAAAGUUCCUCUACCAGUCCGCCGAACGCGGAGAAGAACCAAGAAACCGCCGGCCUUGGUAAAACUACAUCUUAUUCGACACGAGCCGCGGCUGCGGGCCAUGAAGACGCUGGUACUACGACGGACACGGCUGAGUCAGUACGGGGAGGAGAUAAAAAUGCUCGUGUAGCUCAAGCUCCAGGUCAUCUCGAAUCCUCGCGCGACACCACGAUCACCAGGGCAGACUUGAGCGAUCCGUCUAUGAGCAUAUCAAGUGCAAAUAUGUCUGGGUCUGGAGAAAUUUAAAGUUGUCAUGCUUGUUGUCUGGCAUGACUCAGAAAUCUGUGACGCAUGAGCAGGAAGAGGGCCUCUUGCCUGUCAUGGAAAAACGCAGUGGUCUGUCAUUUGGAAAGCGAAAUGUAAAGGAGCCCAGAAAAUUGUCAUGCGUGGCUGCGCAUUGCAGUGCGCCCACCAAACGCGACCCAGCAGCACAAGGUUCCAGACCCAGACACAUUUGCAAUGCAUAGAGCAGUUGGUACCACGAGUUUGAAGCCGAUUCGGGAGGAGACGGCUACAACACGAAACACGACUUGCUAUCCUGAGUAAAUACGUCCCCACGCCAUAGUUGUCAUGCAAAUCCGCAUGCUGAAAAUAUUUCUCAUGCGGAGCCCCAUGAGAAGCAUCUUCUAGUCGUGUUGCGGAAUUUGUCAUGCUCUAAUCAGCAUUACAGGCUGGAUCUGUGAUGCUGCUGAACAAGCUCCACAGGAUUACACUACGAGGCCAGACUUGUCAUGCGAAACAGCCAAAGGUGGCUGAUUUGUGUAGCAGAUUUCCCAUCUUGACUAUGGAGUGGGGACAUUUUUGCUCAGGAUACGUGCGCACCUACUCGAAGAUGUCCAACAUCCACGACAAGGAGGACGCACACGGGUUUCCGACUUCCACGUCGGCUCGCACGUACAUCAAUGAGAUUCUGUGGCUGCCCCUUGUCUUAUGAGAGUGCACAACUCCCCCUCGCCCUCGUUUGUAUGGCAUGAACAGCAAUACAAACACCAGCACACAUGGACCCUGUGCAUGACAAAUUCACGUGCCUAAAAAUGAAGUACUACUUGGGCCUCCAGAAUAUGUCAUGCAUAGUAGUGAUACAACUACAAGGGGACAACUGGAUUUGGGAUUUUCCAUGAGAAAUGAGAACGAGGGGGAGUUGUGCAGCCUCAUAUGUUUCGCUUUGGUCCUCUUUUUUAUCCUCGUUAAGCGACGGGACAGGGACCACGAGUGCCAGCACCAUGUCUACCACCUCUAUCAAAUGUAAAAGUGUCUGGGUCUGGAAGAAUAGAGCUUGUCAUGCUGUCUUUGGAUUCCAAAAAAAUCUGUAUUGCGUGACCAGCAACAGGAGUCCAGUUUGUGUUACGCGGGGAGGGAAUUUCUCAUCUAGCAUCACAGAAGAAUCUGUGAUGCUAGAUCAUGCAUUACAUGCAUCAUGGAUCGUACAAAAUAUGCAUCACAAAUCCCGAAAUUUUCCAGACCCAGCCAUUUUUGCAAUCCAUAACCUCCCCCGGCGCACACUCGGGCAGCUCUUCGGGAGUUCCGAAGGAGUCGCAGCACUGCGGCUUGGAAAUGACGGUAAUGGCAGCUGCGUUCGCGACUUUAUCAAAUGCAAAUAUGUCUGGGUGGGCUGGAAAAAUGCCAGGUUUGUCAUGCACAUUUUCUAUGUGCUCGCGUGGUGUCCUUGAUGCAUGCCCUGGCUGCAUCACAGAUGCUGCGAGGGCAUUCUGAUGGAUGCUUAUACCGCAUCAGAAAUGCCCUCUCCGCGUAGCAAAAAUUGGACCGCUUUUGCUCUUCACGCAAUACAAGAUUUUAUGUACAGUCUAAAGCUAGCAUCACUUCCGGACCGAGACAUAUUUGCAUUUGAUAAACUUUCUCUUUCGCGUUUCUCUACUGGACCAGUAGAGAAACGCGAAAGAGAAAGGAGGACCGCGAACGAGACAUCCUGUCGCGACACGGGUUGCUGGGCGGACACGCGCGGGAAAAGCCCUUCUGGGCAUCCGGUCGGUUUGUUUGUGGAGCAGGUGUGUUUGUCCUGUGGUUUCUGUGGUUCGUGUGCACAACGAUUGGCGAGGAAUGGCACAAGCCGAGAAGUAUCUGGCGCAAAAACGUCAACGCCUCCCCUGCACACUUUUCAUUCAAGUUUCUUUGGAUUUGCAUUUGCAGAAUUAAAAAAUUGGGGCGUCAGUAGUUUGUCAUUCGUCUUACGGUGCGAGGCAGUAUCGAAUGAUGGCGCAGCUGAACUUGUCAUGCCUGCUUUAUCACAGACUUGAUCUGCUGAUAAUGGGGCGACGACGUCUUUGCGCAGGAUAGGAGCCUGCGAGGCGCUGCUGCACUGGGGACUGAUCGUGCUCGUUAUUGUAUCAAAGAAAAAAACUGUAACUGUACGGUGUAGGUCGGUAAAUGCAGAAAUACAUGGAAGGCGACGUUUACAUAAUUUUCCAUCUCAGUAGAAAAGCAGAAUACACGACUACUCCUUUCUUUCACGAUAGACUUUCUCAUGCACCACAACUACGUGUCCAAAUGCCCGGGCAUGAAGACAAAAAGCAAACUUGUCAUGCUGUCGCUUCAAGUUCAAGUUAGUAGAAGGCAGCUACACCGGCACCGGUUUUUUCUUGGAUACUAUCCAAGAAAAAAACAUUGUAGGUGUAACUUUUUUGGAAGAACAGCAUUACAAAUCUGUCUGGCAUGACAGCAAAAACCUGUCAUGCGCAGAUAGUACGCGAAAACGCCCUUUAAUGAACCCUACGACGCAUGCCAAGCAUGACAGACGCAAUCAUGUUGCAUGUUAAGCAUCACAAAUUUACACUAACAACGUUUUUUUCUUGGAUAGAUACUUUUUCGACUUGCUGCUGGUCGGUACGGUAGUGGUGGGCAGUAUGGAAGCGUCAGAAUCGAAAUCGACAAAGUCGAAAAAUUUGUGAUGCAGAAAAUCGAUGCCAGUUAGACCAAUAGUGUGUUGUCGGCGCAUGAGAAAUUUUCCCCGUCCUGGAAGCGAAUCUGUCACGCGGUUUAGGGCGAAGGAGCCCCCUUCUGCCAUGGUAGUCAGCAGCCGAACUUUUGACGCUAACCAGGACUCGAAUCCGCCUUCCUUGCAUCCUCUGCAGUAGAGUCUCUUUUUGCGUCGCAUUUUUAUAUGCAUAUAGAGAUUAAUAUUUCAUCGACUUUGUCGAUUUCGAGUCUGACACUCCCAUAGGCAGGGGCUGUGGUGCCCGUCGGGAUGAAGAUUCGCGGAGAAAGAGAACAACGUCCCCGUCCGGAAAGAAGGGAAGAGAGGAAGGAAAACGGGAGCCCGGCACAACCUCGUCCUCCACGCGGAAGAAACGUGACCAGUUGGCAUCUACACCCAGCACCGCAGCGGGAGCAGGCGGCCUGAUGGUCCCGGUUCCAAAUUAUGCAUUGCAAACGCAUCGCAUAUAGUACUUUUUGUUUUUUCCGUAUUUCUUGAUGGCUAAAGAGUCGCUUCGCUAAUUUUUUUGAAAUUAAAGAGGCGAGUUUGUCAUGCUGAUCCGAAGGCACAAAUGCAAAAACGAGUGUUGUAUACAUUGCUAAUAGAACAACCAAUGCGAAGAUGCAUUUUCAGAGAAUACUACUUACGGUGCGGUUGAUGAGCUUGACGAGGAAUUGUACGAGACCACCGGCUAUCAACUGCAAAUGUGUCUGGGUCUGGAAGAUUGCCAGGUUUGUCAUGCUAGUCUGGCAUGACUCGAAACUCUAUAUUGCGCGGCCGCGAAGCGGUUCUGCAUCUGCUGCCUGUCAGGCAAAAACGCAGUUUCUCAUGCGGAGUACGCAACGGAGAACCACGGAAAAACUUGUCCUGCUUGCCAGCGCAUUUUUAGAGUGUGCUCACUAUACCUUCUCUUGCAUCUUCACAAGUUUCCAGACCCAGACAUAUUUGCCUUCCAUACCGGCACCAGCGACGACGGAGGAUUGCAAGAGGAACUUGCGCGUCAGGUCUUUGCCGAUGUUCCGAGCAGCAGUCUUAGUACAACCGGUUCUAUCUGUAUGCAAGAAAACAACGGUGUGCGUGUAACUCUGUGAUGCAGAAAAUGCAAAACUUUUACACUUGUCAUGCUGGAUCUGCGUCAUAGGCUAGUACUUCCAUACGUGUUUGCACAUACUAGCUGCGCGUGACAGGUUUUCCCUGCACAAUGCAAAACGAAUUUGUGAUGCUCGUCUUCCUGCAAAGUUACACUUACACAGUUUUUUUCCUGGAUAUUCUGGCGUGACGCGUGGCGUGAUGUGAAAGCAGUACUCAACGGCACCUUCGAGGAAAAGCUGCAAGAGAUAUCCUGAUGUGUGAACGCUCUAACUACCCCAUUCCUGCUGUUGCCUCUGCUGGGAAUUAUUGUGUCUGGUGUGGGAGCACUUUAUUGCGCUGCUCCAAACAACUACAGGACCACGCAGUGGUUUUGUCAUGCAGCCGAUUUUUCGGUACCUUACGGAACAACCUGAGCACAAGAAGGAGCGUUUUGAUGUGCCAAAACAAAAACUUGUAAAUGCGGAACUUUCCCGCUUGCCAUGGGGUAUCAAGAUAGAGCGUUUCUACACGCGAUAACUUCAGCUCGAGGACUGCGAGGAGAAGGCCCUGUAUCCGGAAGGCAGCUUGGCGCCGAAGAGUCGCGCAGCCGAUGCGGGCAAGGAAAAGCAAAAGGUGGUUAAUAUUGAAGAGCUUCAGAAUUAUAGAGGGAAUUCAGUGCGAGCGUGCCUCUGCUUGGCCAUGUUCUUGCAUCGUCGUGCAUAGAAGACAAGUAGUGACUAUCACUUCUGUGAUGUAGUCGAAUUCGUACGUGGAAAUAAAGUCUGAAUCUUUUAACAGGCCUCCGCAACCAUCUUCAACGAGAAUCUGGUCUCUGCGCAGAAGGAAAUCGCUGUGGGACAGAAGGUGAGUUGUUGCGAACAUUGUCACUGUGUCAUGCAUUCUGCAGAAAAGCAAAAGAGAACCAAGAUGGCAAUGAGUGCUAUAGAAUGAGUGUCCAAACUUAGAUAUUGGGACAAGAAGUAUAGACGGAAGAAAAAAAAAUCACACAACAGCUGCCCGAAACCGUGUCCGUCACUGAGGCCCUAUCUUCGAAGAGCUGCCGCGCUGAUGACGGAAAAAAGGUGUGACUGUUUUUCACAAUUCGUUUGUCUUGGUGCCUCCAGAAGGCAGUGUCAUGCUUCGAAGAUUCUGCAUUUCGCUCUGUUAUCAAACCGACAAAGAAAAUCAACAAAUCAGGCGGAGGACAAUUUGAAGAAGGACGAGUGUGUGAUGGAAAAAGCUGCGGAACCAACGCAGCCCGCUUUGCCCGCGUUGGUCGAAAACAAACCCAGAGCCACCUCCGAGAAGGCACCGUCUUCGAGUCCGGGAAAAAACAAGCAGAACGUACUCAGCAUUUGGACUUUACAAGGAGAAGGAUUGUGAAGUGCGCCUUAGUGUUGUAGUUAGUUUUUCGAUGUGUAUAAUGUAACGCACAAGUAAGUACUUACAUUCAUAUUCAAGAUGAAGAUCAAGAGUGAGGCGUCAAAGAGACAAACGGAAGACCCAAUAACACUCUGUAGGUGCAGCUUCAGACCUCCAAGCUGGCGAGGACUUGCAAAGCCGGGAGCAGUGCGAUGUCUGCAAAAAGCCGCGUGCAGCAGGGAUUGGAACAAACGAUCGAUGCGUUGGAGGUAAAGUGACGAAAUUGAUUGUGAAGUUUAUGGAAACAAGAACAAAUGCAGCAUCAGAAGUAGUUUACGUUUUCAAUCAAAGUUUUUUCUUGUUUGAUUGCUGUUUACACACAGCAUGCGCAUGCACUUUUAUUGGAAAACACAUCCUUUUUUACACAAAAAUGGUCACGACCUUGAGGUACUGCGAGAUGAGCCGGAGAUGAAAAUGGACUUGGAGCUAGCAAAUGCAAAAGUGGCUGGGUCUGUCACAGUGGAACUUGCGACGCGUGUCUUGCAUUCCUGGAAAAUCUGUGUUGCAUGAGCAGCAAAAGAGGAGCUUCCUUUGUUGUGCAAAAACGCAAUUUGUGAUGCGCGCUACUGCUAGGCAUCAGCAGGCGACUCAAAAACUUGUCAUGCUUGGCUGCCAUUGAUGCAAGCGAUUCAAUCAUGCUCAAUUCAGCAUUACAGGGUUGCAGACCCAGACAUAUUUGCAGUGCAUAGGAGGUGGCCCACGACAAUUCGACCACAACUGGGUCGACCAAAAUCCUCCAGGAGAACCAAAAAAAAUCCGGCGGCACGAAAAAAUCCGAGGCGAGAGGCACUGUCGGCAAGCGGAAGUUGCGCGGACAGGCGUCCACGGAGCGCGGGGAGUCGGGUGGGUCGAUGGAUUCGGUGGAGGAAAAGUCAAACGAGGAUGGCGUGUCUGGGAUGCUGGAGUAG